GAAGAAUCUGCCUGCAGCGCUCCGGAUCGGGGGCCACCAUGGGCCACCGCGGGCCGCAGAAGAUCAGCAUCGGCACAACCAUCAUGGCCGUGGAGUUUGACGGAGGGGUUGUGAUUGGAUCUGACUCCCGAGUAUCUGCAGGGCAGUCCGUGGUGAACUGCGUCUUCAACAAGCUGGAGCGGCUGCACAACCGAAUUUAUUGCGCCCUAUCUGGCUCGGCAGCAGAUGCGCAGGCCAUUGCCGACAUGGUGAGCUACCAGCUAGAGCUGCACAGCUUGAACGUGGAGAGUCCCCCGCUGGUCCUGGCCGCAGCCACCUUGGUGAAAAACAUCAGCUACAAGUACAAGGAGGAGUUUUCGGCUCACCUCAUGGUGGCAGGAUGGGACCCCAAGAAAGGCGGGCAAGUGUACGGGACUCUGGGUGGGAUGCUGACCCGGCAGCCUUUCGCGAUUGGCGGAUCUGGGAGCACGUACAUUUACGGCUACGUCGACUCUGCCUACAAGCCAGGAAUGAGCCGGGAAGAAUGUCGCCAGUUCACAAUGAACGCCAUUGCUCUCGCCAUGUGCCGGGACGGAUCCAGCGGGGGAGUCAUUUACCUCGCCACCAUCACCAAAGAGGGUGUCAAGGAGGAAGUUGUCGUGGGAGACGAGAUUCCCAAGUUCUACGACGAAUGAAUUUUCUCCCCUCCCCUCUUUUUUAUUAAUCCCGUUAGUGGAGGCCGGCCCAUUUGGACAAUGGGGCACUGCCCCACCAACCUGCCUUUGGCUGUGGCUCCCCCUAGUGUUGGCCUCCCUGCCUCCUGCCCUAUCAGUCUCAAUGUGCACCCCCCUCCGCUGACGGCAAUAAACUUUGCUAGAGAAAAA